AUGAGCACGAACGCCGCCAAGCCCGUGCUCCGCGGCGUCGUCUUCGACAUGGACGGCACGCUCACGGUGCCCAACCUCGACUUCAAACUCAUGUACGAGCGCUGCGGCGUGCCGAUGAGCGAGGACAUCCUCGAGGCCAUCGCGAAGAUGCCGCCAGCUGACGCGGACGCGGCCAACGCCGUCAUCGACGAGAUGGAGGCCGAGGGGCGGCGCACGCUGCGCCUGAUGCCCGGCGCCGCCGAGGUCGCCGCGUGGCUCCAGGCCAUGGACAUUCCGACGGCCAUCGUCACGCGGAACACGCGGGCGACCGUCGACCACCUGCACGACGCGCUCUGGGCGCCCAAGGGUCUGACGCCCUUCUCGCCGGCGAUCACGCGCGACGACGCAAACGUGAAGCCCAAGCCCGACCCGGACGCGCUGAGGGUCAUCGGCGAGGCCUGGGGCGCGCCGGCGGCGAGCCUCGCGAUGGUCGGCGACAGCCCGUCGAACGACGUCGUCUUCGGCAAGAGGGCCGGGGCCUACACGGCCCUGGUGGACACGGGCCGC